UGUUGUAUACAUAUUUUUUCAGUACCGGAACGAAUGAAUCACAGGAGCGUACCACCCGCCAAGUACAUAAUCUACUUCGAGUUAAAACUUGUUAACCCGCAGCAUAAGGACGACAAUCGUGUCUAGAAAGCUAAUAAGAGAGAGAAAACAUUGGUGAGAUAAAACAGAGCGGCAAGAGAAACAGACUACUCCGUAGAGAGAUGGCAUGCAGUGCUCUGUUUUUUCAUUGAUUGCUCACGGUGAUUUUCCUGCUCUUCUAGUUUCUACUUCCAUUUGGUGGUGCACCUGAAAAUCAAGGGGCUUGCAAUGGAUAACAAGGCUGAAGCUUUGGAGCCUGUGCUAAAAGAAGCCGUGGAUUUGGAGAACGUACCAAUUGAAGAGGUUUUUCAGACGUUGAGGUGCAAUAAAGAUGGUCUCACAACAGAGGCUGCUCAGGAGAGGUUGGCCAUUUUCGGCUACAACAAGCUUGAGGAAAAAAAGGAAAGUAAGAUAUUGAAGUUCUUGGGCUUUAUGUGGAAUCCUCUCUCGUGGGUCAUGGAAGCCGCAGCCAUAAUGGCCAUUGCGCUAGCCAAUGGAGGAGGAAAACCUCCUGAUUGGCAAGAUUUUGUUGGGAUCACAGUUCUGCUGCUUAUCAAUUCAACUAUAAGUUUUAUAGAGGAGAACAAUGCUGGUAAUGCUGCUGCUGCUCUCAUGGCCCGUCUCGCUCCCAAAGCAAAGGUCCUUAGAGAUGGGAGGUGGAUCGAGGAGGACGCAUCUAUUCUUGUUCCUGGUGAUGUAAUUAGUGUCAAGCUUGGGGACAUUAUUCCUGCAGAUGCUCGCCUCCUUGAUGGCGAUCCCUUGAAAAUUGAUCAGUCUGCACUUACAGGGGAGUCCCUUCCUGUGACAAAAGGCCCUGGUGAUAGUGUUUAUUCAGGUUCUACAUGCAAACAGGGGGAAAUUGAAGCAGUGGUCAUUGCUACUGGUGUUCAUACCUUCUUUGGAAAGGCUGCUCACCUUGUAGAUUCCACAAAUCAAGUGGGGCACUUUCAGAAGGUCCUGACUGCCAUUGGGAAUUUCUGUAUAUGUACAAUUGUUGUGGGGAUGAUAAUUGAGAUCAUCGUCAUGUUCCCAAUUCAACACCGGCCAUAUCGUCCAGGAAUCGACAAUCUGCUGGUGCUUCUUAUUGGAGGAAUUCCUAUUGCCAUGCCCACAGUUUUGUCGGUUACUAUGGCAAUUGGAUCCCAUCGUUUAGCUGAGCAGGGAGCUAUUACCAAAAGAAUGACAGCAAUAGAAGAAAUGGCGGGGAUGGAUGUGCUUUGCAGUGACAAAACUGGGACUUUGACACUGAACAAGCUUACCGUUGACAAGAAUAUUAUAGACGUCUUUGUAAAGGGAGUAGACACGGAUACUGUUGUUCUGAUGGCGGCUCGAGCAUCCCGAGUCGAAAACCAAGACGCAAUAGAUGCUGCUAUAGUGGGAAUGUUGGGUGAUCCAAAGGAGGCUAGAGUUGGUAUUCAAGAGGUCCACUUCCUUCCAUUCAACCCAAGCAAUAAGCGAACAGCUCUAACAUAUCUUGACAGUGAAGGUAAAAUGCAUCGGGUCAGCAAAGGUGCACCAGAGCAGAUUUUGAAUCUUGUACACAAUAAAUCAGAAAUAGAACGUAGAGUCCAUGCCAUGAUAGAUAAAUUUGCAGAGAGGGGAUUACGUUCUCUUGCAGUAGCAUACCAGGAAGUUCCUGAUGUAAGGAAGGAGAGCCAAGGAGGGCGGUGGCAAUUUAUUGGUGUCAUGCCCCUAUUUGACCCGCCUAGACAUGAUAGUGCAGAGACAAUACGAAGGGCAUUGAAUCUUGGGGUAAAUGUUAAAAUGAUCACAGGUGAUCAAUUAGCAAUAGCAAAGGAAACAGGACGCCGCCUGGGAAUGGGAACAAACAUGUACCCUUCCUCUGCAUUGCUGGGACAGAACAAGGAUGAGUCAAUUGCAGCUUUGCCGUUUGAUGAUCUUAUCGAAAAAGCUGAUGGGUUUGCUGGUGUUUUCCCUGAGCACAAAUAUGAGAUCGUGAAACGUUUGCAAGCUAGGAAGCAUAUCUGCGGGAUGACUGGUGAUGGAGUCAAUGAUGCUCCUGCUCUGAAAAAGGCUGACAUUGGCAUAGCUGUUGCCGAUGCAACUGAUGCAGCUCGCAGUGCUUCUGACAUUGUCCUGACAGAACCUGGUCUUAGUGUUAUUUGGCAGUGA